AUGGCAACCAUCACCUGUACCCGGUUCACAGAAGAAUAUCAGCUCUUUGAAGAGCUGGGAAAAGGAGCUUUCUCAAUUGUCAGGAGAUGUGUGAAGGUGUUAUCAGGACAAGAGUAUGCUGCCAAGAUCAUAAACACCAAGAAACUCUCGGCUCGAGAUCAUCAGAAGCUGGAACGUGAGGCUCGGAUCUGCCGUCUCCUGAAGCACCCAAAUAUAGUGAGACUCCAUGACAGCAUAUCAGAAGAGGCACACCACUAUCUGAUAUUUGACCUGGUCACAGGUGGGGAACUAUUUGAGGAUAUUGUAGCUAGAGAAUACUACAGUGAAGCAGAUGCCAGCCACUGCAUCCAGCAGAUCCUGGAAGCUGUUUUACAUUGCCAUCAGAUGGGUGUGGUGCACCGGGACUUAAAGCCGGAGAACCUUCUACUGGCAUCCAAACUGAAGGGAGCUGCUGUUAAACUGGCUGACUUUGGCCUUGCUAUUGAAGUGGAAGGAGAGCAGCAGGCUUGGUUUGGUUUUGCAGGCACGCCAGGUUACCUUUCUCCAGAAGUCCUCCGAAAAGACCCUUAUGGCAAAGCAGUGGACUUGUGGGCAUGUGGAGUUAUUCUCUAUAUUCUGCUGGUUGGCUAUCCACCUUUCUGGGAUGAAGAUCAACAUCGACUAUACCAGCAGAUCAAAGCUGGAGCUUAUGAUUUUCCUUCCCCUGAAUGGGAUACUGUUACUCCUGAAGCAAAAGAUCUCAUCAAUAAAAUGCUGACAAUCAACCCAUCCAAACGUAUCACAGCAGCAGAAGCUCUAAAGCACCCCUGGAUAUCACACCGUUCCACUGUGGCUUCAUGCAUGCACAGACAGGAGACCGUAGAUUGCUUGAAGAAAUUCAAUGCCAGAAGGAAGCUAAAGGGCGCAAUCCUCACUACAAUGCUAGCAACCCGUAAUUUUUCUGGGUUGCCAGGAGGGAAAAGUGGUGGUAACAAGAAGAAUGAUGGUGUGAAGAAAAGAAAGUCCAGUUCCAGCGUUCAGUUAAUGGAAUCUUCAGAGAGCACAAACACCACCAUUGAAGAUGAAGACACCAAAGUACGAAAACAGGAAAUCAUUAAGGUGACAGAGCAGCUGAUUGAAGCAAUAAGCAAUGGGGAUUUUGAGUCCUACACAAAGAUGUGUGACCCUGGGAUGACUGCUUUCGAACCAGAAGCUCUAGGGAACCUGGUGGAAGGGCUGGAAUUCCAUCGCUUUUACUUUGAGAAUUUGUGGUCCAGAAACAGCAAGCCAGUGCACACUACCAUCCUGAACCCACAUAUCCACUUAAUGGGAGAUGAGUCUGCCUGCAUUGCUUAUAUCCGCAUCACACAGUAUGUUGACACAAGUGGAAUCCCUCGCACGGCACAGUCUGAGGAAACUCGUAUCUGGCAUCGUCGGGAUGGCAAAUGGCAAAUCGUUCACUUCCACAGAUCUGGAGCACCUUCUGUUUUACCACACUGAAGCAUUGGCUGCUCAGGCCAAGUUUCUUACUGCCUCACUACCAAGGGAAGACCCCUGCUAUCCUUUAUCUAGGGAACUUGGCUGCUGUCUCUACUGCUUGGUUCCUGCUGGGAUUCCUUUCUCACAGAGAUGCUCCACAAAUAAUCCAAUGAGAAUUUCAAAAACUUUCCUUUCUGUUUCACGUGCUCCGUGUUUGCCGCUUUGUACCAAUCUAACACUAUAGGGCAUCUGCCAGGCUCACAUCUGCAUGAAACAGCUGUCUGUGCAAAGAAGAAACCCAUGAGGAAUAGCCUGAGGGUAUAACCCUCCACCAAUACUUACCCUAGUCCUCAUGGAUCCACAUUAAUUAAAUAUUGUCACAAUUAACUGUGAUUCUCACCGGUUCAAGCUGGACUUCAAUAUUUCAAUAUCACCAUUUCCAGUAAAUCUUUAGGGAAGUGACAGAAAGGGAAGCAUGCAGGGAAGAUGCAAGCUACCAUCUGCUAGUGUAAGUUUGCCAGAUACCUUUUUCCACUGGUGGAUUUAUACUUGAUGCAGAUUUUUUUGUUCUAAUUUGCUCUUGGUCAGCACUUUGUCACUCCAGUACAAUUGCAUGUUCUGUGAAGCAUGAAUCUGAAAACUGUCAUCUUAAACUCUGAUAAACUACAUUGAUAUGGUUUUAUUCAGAGUAGUGAGAGAAAACAUAGUUAAUUUCUCUUCCUGGAGAAGUAAAGAUUUUUUUUGUGAUGGGCCCAUAACGUUUAAUAAUAGUUUUAACAGAUUGGGAUGUUCAUCCCUUUCUCCUUCUGUUGGCUUCAUUUAAUAAAAGGAAACCCGUAAUAUUUCAUUGGCGUGCUAAUGGGCAAAGUGAUUGGUGAAAGAUCCAGUAUGACAGUGGGAUCUUCCCCCAUGAUUUCUAAGCACAUGACAGCUCUUCUUUAGCAGGAUGAAGCAGGCUCUGCCAUAGAGCAGCAUACCAGAUAAAUGUCUUUGGAAAGAGCCUCCAAAAUGCUGACUGGUUUCACCUUUUAUCAAUUCAGCUUUCUUCCUUUGAGCCAGCCUUUUAUCCCAUUGUCUAUGGUAUUUUACCUACAUGCUUUCCUUCUGCCAUUCCAAGACUUAAGUUUGUCCUUAAGCAAAAGAAAAAAUAAAUUAUGCUUGUACCUUUCACCCCAGCCAUUCCCUACAUAAGCAGUUUCAGGAAAUUUCACAGUAUUGAAGAUGCUGGAGCUAUGGAAACAGAACUGCCCUUUCUAUUAGAAAUAUAAACAGAGGCCAACAUUUUCCAGCAAAGAGAAUGCAAGCUUUACUAAUGACACUUUUGAGGUGUUUUGAUUAUGCUUUUAACAAACAAAAUGAAACCUUUCGCUAUCUCUUGUACUUUGAGUGCAUGCUUUUUUAUAGGAAAAACAAAACCCUUCUGUGUAAUUUCGUAAAUGGAUUUUGAGUAUUUGCUGAAAUUGAUCUUUAUGUAAUACCUAGAAGUAUCAAUUGUUUGGGGGGUUUGUGGCUGAUUUUUAAUGAAGUUGGGGUGGGGCUUACUAUGUUAUUGUUUACAUUUGGAGUUUGUGACAAAUUGUUAUUGAAAGUGCAAGAGUGUACGAGAAGGUAGAGGUAGAGGAAAGAUUUCUGUUGCGCGUUUUGGCAAACCUCUUAGGAAAGCUCUACACCAUAACAGGACUCCUUGUGAUGCUGUUUCUGUGUGCCAUGAAAGGUAUGAAUAUCAAAACUGGACAUUCUGAUGGACCUUAAAGGAGAAUGAAGAAAUUUCUGAACUUGGAUCAAGGGACAAUGUCUGCAUUAAAAGGACAUCAGUGUCAGCUUAAGGGAACACAGGAAUGGGUCCUUCUCAAGCCUGUGUAUUUUUAUGAAUGAUAACCUGAUACCAAAUGAUGUCUCCGAUAUCAUUGUUGUGUCAUUCUGAUGACAUAUGGAGGGCUGAAAGAUUUCUAUUAUUGGCAUCACCUUCUUGCCUUCCAGUAGGGGUAUGAGAAGUGUGAUGAUUAUUAUUUUUGGCAUUCAUUCUGUUUCUUGUUCCCUUUUAUUUUUACCAAUUUUAGCAGCCUUUACUCUUUAAUGUGAGAUUAACUACAGUGCUCUUCGACUUCCAGAGGAACUUAUAAAUGGCACUUUCUUCAUUUGCAUGAUAUUUAACUUCAUAAACUAUGUGUACUUCAAAGCAAAUGAAAAUGCUUGCUUGGGACAAUAAUAUCAAAAGGGGGGGGUAUACUCUGUAUAAAUUCUGAAUGGUGUAAUUUU